AACAAAGAUUUCGUUGUUUUGAAUCGUCUUUUUUUCUAUUUCGACUCUAUAGAUUCAUUAGACAAUUUCAUUUCCAAUUAAAACGAUAAAAUAUUUUGCGAUUCGUUAUAUUGAUAUUUGGAGUGAUUUUUCGUAGUGCAAACUUGAAGUAUUAAAUAGAAUUUCCAUUUUUUUUUUUGUAAAAAAGUGUAAAGAAAAAAUUUGAAAUGAUGGAGUGGCUAUUUGGAAAACGAAUGACACCAGAGGAAAUGUUGCGAAAAAAUCAGCGAGCGCUAAACAAAGCAAUGCGCGAUUUGGAUCGCGAAAAGAUGAAAAUGGAACAACAGGAGAAGAAAAUUAUUAAUGACAUUAAAAAAUUGGCUAAAGAGGGUCAAAUGGAUGCGGUGAAAAUUAUGGCACUUGAUUUGGUACGAACUCGUCGCUAUGUAAAGAAAUUUAUGCUGAUGAAAGCCAACAUUCAAGCUGUUUCGCUGAAAAUUCAAACGUUGAAAUCGCAAAAUACCAUGGCUCAGGCUAUGAGUGGUGUAACUAAAGCCAUGGCAAAUAUGAAUCGACAAUUGAAUCUUCCACAAAUUCAGAAGAUUUUAAUGGAGUUCGAAAAACAAUCGGAAAUCAUGGACAUGAAAGAAGAAAUGAUUAACGAUCACAUCGACGAUGCAAUGGAAGAUGAAGGAGACGAAGAAGAAUCAGACGCUGUGGUUUCCCAAGUUCUAGAUGAACUCGGUCUUCAAUUAGGUGAUCAAUUAUCUGGAUUGCCACAGGCAUCUGGAUCGCUAUCGGUUGCUACAGGAAGCAAACAGCCACAAGCAGCUGCAAUUGGUGCCGCCGGCGGUAGCGGUGGUAAUGGUGGUAGUGGCGGCAAUACGCCAAUGGAUGCUGAUGCCGAUUUACAAGCUCGAUUGGACAACUUGCGACGCGAAUAAACUUAUGCUUCUUUAUAGCUCAAUAUUCAUGGAAUUUUUUUUUUGGUUUUCUACUUCCAAAAAUAUUCUAUUUUUAUGAAUUUUUUGUUAUGUUAAUUUAAGGAAAGAAUGUGUAUCGUGUUUUUUUUUGGUACGGAUUAAAAACAUGAAUCAAAAUAAAUGGAUUGAAUUCAAUGAAAUUUGUUGUAGGAAUUCAAAGUGCCUACUUUUUAUGCGAAAUAUCGACAAAUGUCUCAGAUUUCAAUGUAUGAACAAAUGAAUUUAAAAACGAGUUCAAACAAAUGUAAUAAAACAGAAAAACACACACAACAUGUAUGAAUGCCUAAUUAAUUAAUGUACAUUUGAAUAAGCUUACUGGAGCACCAUCAUCAUAUUCAAGUUGAUGCAAUUUUAAUAAAUCGAUUAUAUGUACCAUGCUUUA